AUGGGUGCGAUCCUUUCCCCCAUAUCCUCCGCGGCCGUCCUUAAAUCAUCCGCCUGUACACUCCUAGCCGCUGGUCCUCCGCCGUUGCUCUCCGCCGCUGCUCCUCCGCAAUUCACCUUAAAUCGCCCCAAACCAAACCAUCCCGACAUCCCCGGAAUCGUCCGCCUAGCGAAACAAUCAACCCCUCAUCUCGCGUCUGCGUGUAGUUCGGUCUUCGGUCCGGUCAAGGAGCUCGUGGUCACCGGUCGUCGUCUCGCCAGGCACACACACGGGACACGACUGCAAGUUUACGACCCAAGGCAAAAUAUGGCGCAUGCUUUACUUCAGUCAACCUGCUUGCCAUCUUCUGUUAGUUGGGCAAAAAACAAACAGUUUGUGGGAUAUAACAGAACAAGAAAGGCACCCACCAUGCUUUGCAGCUCACGUUUAACUCCCAUGAGGAUUCAAAGUUUCAUUGGACUACGUGGGGUCAAUGCCUUAGAUGUAAUGUUUCAGAAAAGCGGUCCCUCUCUUCAAUCGAAGCUAAAAAAUGCCACCACUUUAACCAAACAAAGAAGAAAACAACGAAUGGCUCCUCCACGUGCAAUGUUUGAGCGAUUCACGGAGAAGGCUAUAAAGGUGAUUAUGCUAUCGCAAGAUGAGGCGAGACGACUUGGGCACAAUUUUGUUGGGACCGAGCAGAUUUUGCUUGGGCUUAUUGGUGAGGGCACUGGAAUUGCGGCUAAGGUCCUCAAGUCAACUGGAAUUACUCUCAAGGAAGCACGUGUGGAGGUGGAGAAGAUAAUUGGACGUGGGAGUGGAUUUGUUCCGGUUGAGAUACCUUUUACCCCCCGCGCAAAACGUGUCCUUGAACUGUCAUUAGAGGAGGCCCGGCAGCUUGGUAACAAUUACAUUGGAUCUGAGCACUUGCUUCUGGGAUUGCUUCGGGAGGGUGAAGGCGUGGCGGCUCGUGUCCUUGAGAAUUUAGGUGCUGACCUUAGUAACAUUAGAGCUCAGGUUAUUAGAAUGGUUGGUGAGAGUGCUGAGACCAUUGGUGCUGGUGUUGGAGGUGGAAGCUCGGGGAGCAAAAUGCCUACACUGGAGGAGCGUACUAAAAAUAAUCCUUGCCUCAUUGGGGAACCUGGAGUUGGGAAAACAGCAAUUGCAGAGGGUCUUGCCCAGAGAAUAGCCAAUGGGGAUGUUCCAGAGACGAUUGAGGGGAAAAAGGUUAUAACUCUGGAUAUGGGCCUUCUUGUUGCUGGUACAAAGUAUCGUGGUGAGUUUGAAGAAAGGUUGAAGAAAUUGAUGGAGGAAAUUAAGCAAAGUGAUGAUAUUAUACUCUUCAUUGAUGAGGUGCACACGUUGAUUGGAGCAGGAGCUGCUGAAGGGGCAAUUGAUGCUGCAAAUAUUUUGAAGCCCGCUUUAGCCCGGGGUGAAUUACAGUGUAUUGGGGCAACAACACUUGAUGAGUACCGAAAGCACAUAGAGAAAGAUCCAGCACUAGAAAGAAGGUUUCAACCCGUGAAGGUCCCCGAGCCCACUGUUGAGGAAGCCAUUCAGAUUCUCAGAGGGUUACGUGAACGAUAUGAGAUACACCACAAAGUCCGUUACACUGAUGAAGCUAUAGAUGCUGCUGCACAAUUGUCCCAUCAAUAUAUCAGUGACCGGUUUUUGCCAGACAAAGCAAUUGACUUGAUUGAUGAAGCUGGUUCUCGAGUCCGCCUUCAUCAUGCGCAGCUUCCUGAGGAAGCUAAAGAACUUGAAAGAGAGCUCAGGCAGAUAACAAAGGAGAAGAAUGAAGCCGUUCGAAGUCAAGACUUUGAGAAGGCUGGGGAACUGCGCGACAAGGAGAUGGACCUCCGAUCCCAGAUGUCCGCCCUUGUGAACAAGAAAAAGGAGACGACCCGGGCAGAGGCUGAGACGGGCGAUGGGGGCCCCACCGUCACGGAUGCCGACAUCCAUCGCAUCGUCUCUUCUUGGACGGGCAUUCCCGUCGAUAAGGUGACUUCUGAAGAGUCCUCCCGCCUCCUCCGCAUGGAAUCGACUCUCCAUGGCCGCGUGAUCGGCCAGGAUGAGGCUGUGGAGGCCAUCUCCCGUGCCAUCCGCCGUGCCCGUGUCGGCCUCAAGAACCCCAACCGCCCCAUUGCGUCCUUCAUCUUCUCGGGCCCCACCGGCGUGGGCAAAUCGGAGCUCGCCAAGGCCCUUGCCGCCUACUACUUUGGCUCCGAGGAUGCCAUGGUCCGCCUCGACAUGUCGGAGUUCAUGGAGCGCCACACCGUCUCGAAGCUCAUUGGCUCUCCACCGGGUUACGUUGGCUACUCGGAAGGUGGGCAGCUCACGGAGGCCGUCCGCCGCCGCCCCUACACGCUCAUCCUUUUCGACGAGAUCGAGAAGGCCCACCCGGACGUGUUCAAUAUGAUGCUCCAGAUUCUGGAGGACGGGCGUUUGACUGACAGCAAGGGCCGCACGGUGGACUUCAAGAACACGCUUCUAAUCAUGACGUCCAAUAUCGGGAGUAGUGUGAUCCUCCAGAACCAGAACCGGAAGCCCAAGCGCAGGUUCGGGUUCCAACUCGAUUAUGACGAGGAUGAGGAGGAGGAGAAGGAGGAUCGUAGUUACAAUAACAUUAAGAGGUUGGUGAUCGGGGAGCUGAAAGAGUACUUCCGACCUGAGUUUUUGAACAGGUUGGAUGAUAUGAUUGUGUUCAGGCAGCUGACCAAGGAGGAGGUGAAGGAGAUUGGGGAUAUUAUGUUGAAGGAGGUGGUUGUGAGGUUGAAGAAGAGGGACAUCGAGCUUCAGGUGACGGAUAGGUUUAGGGAUCUGGUGGUGGAGGAAGGCUAUAGUCCGAGCUAUGGGGCGAGGCCAUUGAGGAGGGCCAUCAUGAGGCUGCUGGAGGAUAGCAUGGCCGAGAAGAUGCUCGCUCGCGAGAUCAAGGAGGGCGAUUCCGUAAUUGUUGAUGUGGACUCCGAUGGGAAAAUUGUGGUUCUCGGCGGCGGCGGUGGUGGGCGGGGGGCUGCCGCGCUUGAGGCAUCUCCUGAUCUUGCGGUGGUGUAG